AAGAAUCAUAAUAUUAUUUUACCGAAAACAAAUUAAAUGUAAAAACAGAGCAAUGUUUCAUCUAAUAUUUUGCCAAUUUUGUACAAAUGCAUUUAAAAUAUAAAUCAUGUACCAAGACAUUUCAGUAUUAACCGUGAAAUUAUUCAGAAUAAUAAAUGUUCUAUAAAACAGACAUCUGAUAUAAAACUAUGAUGGACAACAAUCAAAACGUACACGAUAAAAUAGAAAAAAUGUACAGUAUACCUUUUUUGCAAGAUUAUCAAAUAGGUUCUUCGAAUUCCACAUGUACCUUAACCAAAGGCGAAGAAAAUGUAUCACAAAAAAGAAAUGAAUACGAACAAUUCAAUGACUCUCGUGAACCGUAUUGCCAAGUUAAACUGAAAUCUAUUUUAAGAUUAAAGGACAGUACAAAACAAUUGUUGAGUUUACUAGAAGAAAUUCAAACGAAAGUUCAUUCAAAUAAUAACGUUCUAAUUCAAGAUAUAAGAUUUAACAAUAUUUUAAAAUCCGAUUUUCGAUACAAUGAUGACAGUUUAAAUACAGGAGAAUCAGUACCUGCAGCAUUUGACAAAUUGAAAAACCAUGCUCAAAAGUUAGAUGCUAUUUAUAUUAAGGAUGAGGAUAAUGACUGUUCAAUAUAUAAAAGACUUACAAGAAAAUGCCACUGUUUAAACCAACCCGAUUACAAUGACUUCGUUAUACACUUUAAUGAGGAUUCUCAGUAUAAUACGAAUAAUUUUGGUGAAAUUAUUAAAAACCUGCGAAUUUUAAAGAAAUUCCUUUAUAUGGGUGGGAUUAAUACUAAAAAUGCUUUAAUGUUUUUAAACGAAGGUUUAACAGAUUCUCAGCACUCUGAAAAAGUAGAGCUCACCUUAGGUUGUGCACACGCAGAUAUUUGUAAUAUUUUCGAAGAUCACUCUAUUGUUAUAGCUUGUAUUUCAUGGCCUUGUAAAUAUCAUUAUUAUGGGAAUUGCGUAACGCAGAAUUUAGCGGCUGGCUUCUUAUAUAAGCUCGCAGAAGUAGAAGAAGGGAGAAGAUAUUUAAAUUAUACAUCCAAAAUCACGAGCGAUAUAAAAAAAGUUUUAAGAAAGAAAUCUUCAUUUAUAGAGAUAGAUAUUAUCGAUUCUUUGAACGCUACACUAAGUUUACUAAAACCAAGUUUCGCUAAAGGUUUGGCUGUAACAUACUACAGCAAAUCGAUCUAUGAAGGUGUCGGAGCGAGAACAAUAAAAGACUUAAUGCGAUAUCGUCAACGCAUGACUCUCGACGAAGUUUUCAUGCAUCUCGAUAUACUGAACAAGUACAGUAGUUUUGAACUUGGUAAAGAAGAAUUGACACUUCAAUUGCCGACUCUAUUGGUUAUUUUUAAACAAAUGCUAAUGGAAUAUGAUAACAGUGAACUAAAUAUAAUAAUAACUAAUACUCUGGAUAAUAUAGUGUCAAGGAAUAUUGUAAAACCACAAAAACCAGAAACUUCGAAAUGUUGGGCUAUUGCUGAUACAGCGACUGAGCCUGUAAAAAUGAAGAAUGAAGUAUGCCAAAUGCCUUGUAAGAAAUCAAACUUAAAGAAAACUUAUAAACCUAAAUUAGGUCUCGGAGUCUUACCGAAUAAACGUCAACUUUCAACAAGAAGUGAAAUGCAGUUACCUAUCAAGGUGUGAUGUUGUAAGAGCCAAGGCUUUUUAUAUU